CAAUGUGCGUGCGUGCGAAAGAAAUAAGUUUGCGGUUUUUUAAAUUUUACACAACCCAAAUGAUAUCAUUUUUUUGUUAAUUUGCGGUCUUUAACAGUGAUAACGUCAUAGCAGUAGUUUAUACAAUUAAAUUUUCUCUUCUCACAACUCAAAGCACGUAAAGUAUGAAUGAAAGAUCAGCCAGUCCUCAGCUUUACAGUCUGGGGUCGCCUUAAAUUCCAUUCGAUUUGUCAUUUUAUCCCGGAAAAUACUUCAACUAUCAGGAUGAAGAUUCUUAAAAGUAACUUCUUAAGUUUCAUUUUUUUGACCCAUGUUCACCUGCUUCAAUUCACUCAAGGAUCUCAAUCGCCUGAGCAAGGAUGUGGAUGUUCUUCAACGAGUCGAGGCACCUCAGAUUUCCCUGAAACGAGUGAAGACUCAUGCGCUCCAACAACUUUCAAAAAUUCAUUGCAAGAUUUCAAUGCCUUGGGCAAGUAUCUCAAGCCUAAAGAUCCAACUAUGGUUUUUCCCGAUAUGGUGCUGAUACAGAAAGGCACUUUUGUCAUGGGUUCUGACUCGCCGAUUAUCCCGGCUGAUGGAGAAGGACCUGCCCGGGAAGUCACAGUAGAUGGUUUUUUACUGGACAAGUAUGAAACUAGUAACUCUGAAUUUUCAGCUUUUGUUGAAGCAACAGGCCAUGUAACUGAAGCUGAGAAAUUUGGGGAUUCAUUUGUCUUUGAUCCUCUAAUUUCAGAGAAAGUGAAGGAGGGGAUUUCCCAGGCAGUGGCGGCAGCUCCAUGGUGGUUACCUGUCAAAGGAGCUUCUUGGAAACAUCCUGAAGGAUUAGAUUCUAAUAUUGAUGACCGAAUGAAUCAUCCUGUUAUUCAUGUGUCGUGGAACGAUGCUGUAAAAUUUUGCAAAUGGAAAGGCAAAAGGUUACCUACCGAAGCAGAAUGGGAGUUUGCUUGUCGAACAUCCCUCAAAAACAGAUUAUUUCCAUGGGGAAGCAAUAUGAUGCCCAAAGGUGAACACCGAAUGAAUAUUUGGCAAGGCGAGUUUCCUCUCAACAAUACCAAAGAUGAUGGAUUUUUGGCGACUGCUCCUGUCGAUUCAUUCCUCCAGAAUGACAUCGGACUGUACAACAUGGUCGGAAAUGUUUGGGAGUGGACCUCAGAUUGGUGGAGCACCUCCCACUUGCGAGACCCUUUGAUCAAUCCUAAAGGACCUCCAUCAGGCACUGAUAAAGUAAAAAAGGGAGGCUCUUACAUGUGUCAUAAGAAGUACUGUUACCGAUAUCGAUGUGGAGCUCGGAGUCAAAACACUCCAGACAGCUCAGCCAGCAAUCUAGGGUUCCGAUGUGCGAAAUCGGUUACCUAAUAAUUUAAGUCAACCUCUCCAUCUGUAGAUUGAAUCUACAUCCUUAAUUAUCGGCUGUGAUUUAAAUCCAUCUCUGUGUAUGAUGCAAUCAUUCCAUAAUUUGACUACCUUUCCUUGACAGAGAUCAAAGCCGGGUAGUCUGGUUUGUGGGAAAUUCAACUUAGAAAAUGCGUUGUCAUGAUCGAUUUUUUUGCAAAUGAUAAAAUUAGAUAUAAGUUUGAGUCAUGACUGUAGUUUGUAAGGAAAAGAUUUAAGGCAUUAUAAAAUGUAAAUGCACCUAUGAAAAGGGACCUAAUCAUCUGAGAUACAAUUUUCCACAACUUUUUGUAAAUGCACUGGAAAAGAAAAUCAGGAAAUUUUGGCGUCAGUUUUACCCUGAAAUCUCAACAAUUGAAGGAGAUAUUAGUCCUAAAGUUCCAAGACAAAAGUUCUUUGGUUUUAGAAAAUUGUGGUUUUAGUGUUGGUAACAAUUUAAGGAAAAGAUAAGGUCCUUUUUCAUACAUUUGGUUAUCAUGUAGCAUUUUCUCUAUCAUGAAGGCUUUCUUGUCAUGAAAUUAAUCAAAAAGACUAUUAUAUAAGACAGGGGAUUUUUCCAAAGAUUUUUCAGCUCGCCACAAAACUUUUCUUAGAAACGUUGAUCCCUUUUUUAGACACAGUGAAAUAUUUCUAUGGAAACAAACAAAGCCAUCUCUUUUUUGAGAAGCAAAGCCUCUUUUGCUGAGCAAAAAAAUUCAAUUUUAUCAGAGGUAUUGCUUUUAUGUAAAAAAAAAAGUGUGAAAGACUUAUGUGGAUUGUCUAAUUCCUGGAAUUUUUCAUGGGGGCCGUUCAGAGAUGAGUGUAUUCGGACCUUUCCAUACUUCUAACCGAGUGUGAACUACUUUUUACAUAUACAAAAUUUAUCAGAGUCAGUGUUGCGUUAAAAUACAUCAUUCUACAAAUGCAUCAAAAGCGCUGUGUACUGUUCCUUUUUGAAAGAUCAUUUUAGAAGGUGUAGAAAUUUUCCCCCUUUACUUUAAUACAGUUUUCAUCGAUUUUUUUUUAUAAAGCUGUGAUUCUUUCUGCAUGAAAAGCUCAUUUUUAUGCAUUUUGUGAUUUUUUUAAAACAAAAUCUUCAUUUCCAAAGACAAAUUUAAUGUGAUGCCCCUCUGAUGUCAUUUUUCUCCUCAACGAAGUACCUUAAUCAUUUGCAUAUUAAUAACUAAGUAGAAGUAGGCUUGAAAUUUUGGAAUUUUCUCGUAAGCAAUGUGUUCACAAUGAAAUAGUAAAUUUAAUUAAACCCUUUUUCGUUCAAUACUUAAUUUUAAUUCAUAGAAGAGGAAAAUUGUGAUUCACGAGUACCUUAAAAGUUUUUGAAGGGAGUGUUACAAGCUCCAUCUAACAACUAAUUUAGCUUCAAAAGUCCUUCUAUAUGUAGUAUUUCAUUCUAUUCAUAUAAAUAUGUUUUUAAUCUAAUUUGAAGUUUGCUCUUCCUGUUGGGUACACAUCAGUCUUAUGGAAAAUGGCCUUAUAUUGGCCCUCCUGUAAAAUAUUUUAGACUUUUCUGAGAAAUAUUAUUUUCUUUAAUUUUCAGAAAUUCUGAUAUUUUAAGGAAAUCGUUCAACAAGCCUUUCAUACCUUUGAUCCAAGUUUUUGUAUUUUCUUAGCAAAUAUCGAUAUUUUUCUUUGUAUCUACUUUUAUAUACACUUUACUGAACUUUGUUAUGGCACCAUAAAACAUUUUUAAUUGUUUCUAAAA